GGGGAGGAGGAGGAGGAGGAGGAGUAAAAACAGGAACUACCACAGCAGAUUUGUGAGCUUCUUCAUCUCCCACGCUGCACUUUUUAAAAAAGGUUCGAGCUCUCGGCCAUUUCCCCCUGUAACUCUGCAAACUGUUCUUCUCCUCUUCCUCUUCCCCCUCUUCCUCCUCCUCAUUGGAUCGGGUGCGACCGGGUCGGUGUGCGUCAGCAGGAACCGAAGGUGACCAUGGCCUUCCUCGGGAGCGCAGCUCGGCGCUUGGUGUUGGCAGCGCGCCCCCCUCUCUCUCCUCUGUGCCGGACGAGUGCUCGGGCCUACAGCUCGACGCCCACCCAGGAAAAAAGUGUCCCCUACGAGAAGACGCUCCAACAGAAGGCGGGAACGUCCUCUGGUCCCACUAAACCUCUGCCCAGAUCAGCGGACGCGGUGGUGAUCGGCGGCGGCAGCCUGGGAUGUCAGACCAUCUACCACCUGGCUAAAAUGGGAAUGACCAACGUGGUCCUACUGGAGAGAGACAGACUCACCGCGGGCACCACCUGGCACACUGCAGGCCUGCUGUGGCAGCUCCGGCCCAGUGACGUUGAGGUGGAGCUCCUGGCCCACACCAGGAACGUAAUCAGCAAAGACCUGGAGGAGGAGACGGGCCUCCACACGGGAUGGAUCGAGAAUGGAGGACUCUUCAUCGCCUCCAACAAGCAGAGACUGGACGAGUACAAGCGCCUCAUGUCGCUGGGUAAAGUUUAUGGUAUUGAGUCCUACGUGCUGUCGCCUGCUGAGACCAAGGACCUGUAUCCUCUGAUGAACGUGGAUGAUCUGUACGGAACCCUGUAUGUUCCAAAGGACGGCACCAUGGACCCGGCCGGCACCUGCACCACGCUGAGCAGAGCUGCCACAGCCAGGGGAGCCAAGGUGAUUGAGAACUGCCCUGUGACCGGCAUCACCGUGCACACAGACGACUUCGGGGUGAAGAGGGUGAGGGCAGUGGAGACCCCCCACGGGACAAUUGAAACGUCUUGUGUGGUGAACUGUGCAGGUGUGUGGGCCCCCAAGCUCGGGGAAAUGGCCGGAGUCAGGGUGCCUCUUGUGGCGAUGCAUCAUGCCUAUGUGGUGACGGAGAGAAUUGAAGGCAUACAGAACAUGCCAAAUGUCAGGGACCAUGAUGCAUCAGUGUACCUGCGGCUCCAAGGUGACGCCCUGUCUGUGGGCGGCUACGAACAAAACCCCAUCUUCUGGGACGAGGUGUCUGAUAAGUUCGCCUUCAGUUUGUUCGACCUGGACUGGGAUGUAUUCACGCAACAUAUUGAGGGCGCGAUUAACAGAGUCCCCAGUUUGGAGCAGACUGGCAUCAAGUCCACUGUCUGUGGUCCAGAAUCGUUCACGGCCGACCAUAAGCCGCUGAUGGGAGAAGCACCAGAGGUCAGAGGCUUCUUCCUGGGAUGCGGCUUCAACAGCGCGGGCAUGAUGCUGGGAGGAGGCUGUGGUCGAGAGCUGGCUCACUGGAUCAUACACGGCCGCCCUGAGAAGGACAUGUAUGGAUACGACAUCAGGCGUUUCCACAACUCGCUGACGGACAACGUGAGCUGGAUCAGAGAGAGGAGCCACGAGUCGUAUGCUAAAAACUACUCCGUGGUGUUCCCCUUCGACGAGCCGCUGGCCAGUCGCAACAUGAGGAAAGACCCGUUCCAUCAGGUGCUGACUGAGCAGGGCUGUGUGUUCCAGGAGAGACACGGCUGGGAGAGACCUGGCUGGUUCAACAAAGACGGGCCUGCGCCUGUUAAAGACUAUGAUUACUAUGGAGCUUAUGACACUCAAACGAAUGUGGACCACAAGUACAGCGAUCUGCUGGGGAAGGAGUACACCUUCGACUUCCCCCCGCAUCACGACGCGAUUAAGAGCGAGUGCCUCUCAUGUAGACACGGUGUGGCUGUGUUUGACAUGUCCUACUUUGGAAAGUUUUAUCUCACCGGACCAGAUGCCAAGAAGGCGGCUGAUUGGCUGUUCACUGCUGAUGUCAACAAGAAACCAGGCUCCACUGUGUAUACCUGCAUGCUGAACAAAAGAGGAGGGGCAGAGGCUGACCUGACGGUGAGCAGACUGGAGCCCGGCGCCGCCAUGCUGCCCCUGGCACCAGAAUCCAACGGUGAUGCAUACUACCUGGCCAUCGGAGGCGGCGUCGCCGAGCACAACUGGAACCACAUCAGAACCGUUCUUCAGGACCAAGGUUUCCGCUGCCAGCUGACAGACCACUCUGAGGAGAUGGGCAUGCUCAGCAUCCAGGGACCGAAGAGUCGAGAGGUUCUUCAGGAGGUGCUGGACGCAGACCUGAGCAACGAAAGUUUCCCCUUCUCUACCCACAAGGUUGUAAAUGCAGUAGGACAUCAGGUGCGAGCCAUGCGUCUGUCCUUUGUCGGGGAGCUCGGCUGGGAGCUGCACAUUCCCAAGGACGCUUGCCUUCCGGUCUACCAUGCUGUCAUGGCUGCUGGUGCGAAGCACGGCAUCAUCAACUCGGGCUACAGGGCCAUCGACUCGCUCAGCAUAGAGAAAGGCUACAGACAUUGGCACGCUGACCUCCGCCCGGAUGACACCCCCUUGGAGGCGGGGCUAGCCUUCACCUGCAAACUGAAGAGUUCGAUCCCGUUCCUGGGUCGCGAUAGGCUGGAGGAACAGAAGAAGGAGGGGCUCAGGAGGCGCAUCGUCUGCUUCACCAUUGACGAGAAAGUACCGAUGUUCGGUCUGGAGGCCGUUUUCCGUAAUGGAGUUCCUGUCGGUCACCUAAGGCGUUCUGAUUAUGGCUUCUUCAUUGACAAAACUAUCGGUUAUGGAUAUAUCCGCAACCCUGAUGGAGGAGUGGUGAGCGCUGAUUUCAUAAGGAGUGGCGACUUCACCCUGGAGAGGAUGGGAGUGACGUACAAGGCCAAGGCCCACCUCAAAACUCCAUUCGACCCUGAGAACAAACGGAUCAAGGGCAUCUAUGCUUGAGGACCACCGGCGAAAAAAACAAACAAACUGAAAACAAACACAUUCUGGUUGGAGGACGAGGCUGAGGGAGGAGCAGCUGAUUCUUCUCUUCUCUUUCAUGGACGGUCUGAAAUCUUUAUCGAGGUGUUGAAGAGGUUCUGAAUUGAGUCCUGUUGUGUCUGAGUGCUUUGUUGUCUUAAAGGUGAUUUAAGGUCUCAGCUCCAGGUUGUUGAUGCCCACUCUGGAUUUGUGAGGUUGGUAAAUAUGUCUUGUUAUCUCCUGUAAUCAGGCAGUAGCAAACACAGCGGUAAUUCUGAUUCCCUCCCAUGAUUAUACUGAAGGUGCAAUGGUGGCAAGUUUUACAUUAACUCCACCAUCUGCUGGCUUUUGAGACUAUAUCAGAGCUAAUAGGGCUGAAAGUGACAGAUGUAUAUGCGUGUAUGGAAGCUCAUUACUGCCAACAUGAGAGAAAAAGGAUCCUGUUAGCCAAUAUAAUGAGAAACUUUCACAGAGUAAUGGUUUACUAUCUUCAAAUAAAGAGAAACUUUCUCAAAACCUAAUCAUAGGGUACGAUCCUACUUACACGAAUGCAGGGGAAUAUCACAGGUUCACCGAAGUUGAACUCCACUCCUCGCUGCUGAUUUGCCUCGCCACAGGAAGCAAAUAUCUUAUUCUCCCCCGCCCCCCCCAGCUCACAUAGAUUCGAUGUGAAGGUUUGUCACUGCUAUAUUUGUGCACGUAUCCACAGUCUUGCCUACCUUGGAAAAACUGACUUAUUAUCUUAAAUAAUGAGAUAAUAGGUUUCAUGAAAUAUUGACUGAGCAUCUUAAUGUUUCCAAAUUAAUGGUGUGUUACAACACAUUUAACAUUUGUUUACCCUUAUCUUCCUUUAAACAAGUAGAAAUACUUUCCCUUGCUGUACAUCAGGGCUCCAAGUACAUCUGUACAUCUGUAGCUACUAUAUAUACUCUACUCAAGUUUCGCUUGGGGUGGGGAGCAUAACAGUAUCUAAAGAAGUUCUGUACAUUAAAGCUCCAGAACCAUCAUUGUCUUCCUCUUCUCCAGUAGAACUGAUGAGAAACCUUAGCGAGGUCACAUGACUUUGGUGAGACUGAGUCCAAAUUCGGAGAAAGUUUGUCUUUAUUUUGAGGAUGGUUCUAAUUUAUAGACACAAUAUUUUAUUUUUGUCAGGCUGUUAAUUCUUAUUUCUUCCUUAUUGUCCACAAUAUAUUUGAUCCUGUUAUGGUGCUGUUAUCUCUCGUGCAUUUUUCCUGCGAGACCAUAGAAAACUAUAUUAGGGAAUACAUCAAGCUUUCCCAAACUACUACACAGAUGCCCUGCAGGUGUCUGGAGGGAAUUACAAUGACUGAUGUUUGUGCGGAUAGAAAUGAGUGUUACUUGCUCGUGUGGUGUCUAGAUGUGAGUGUUCAUCAGAGGUGGAGGAGCAGGUAGAAGAGAAACAGCCCUAGGCGCAGAGAGGAACAACCAGGGACUAAACACAGCUGAGGAAGAAUGAUGACAGGGUAAGACUUCAACAAGAAGCAGCUGUUGAUGUUAACGUGCUGGUACAUUGUACCGAGUUAAAGAACUCACGUUUGUCUUAUUUUUAUGCUGAGGUCAAACCUAAUACUGUGUGUAUCGGCUUCACAGUAUUCUCUGUAAACAGAUUCUAGUUUGACCAAUCCGGUUUGAGCAGGCUUUGAUCACCUGCAAGAAAAAGGUCGGCGUGGAGAGCAAACGAGGCGAGAACGCAUAUACCAACAUGAAUCAGCUUUUUAAGUUACCUGCCUUCAUAUGCAGGUAUUGAGCCAAAAUGGCGUCCGGACCUAAAACACCUACAAAUAGUAUCUCUGUAUGGGUUUUUUGCCGACAAACGUUCCACCCGUGAUUAACUGUAAACAGUGUUUUGGCAAAUGGAAGAUUAAAAAGUCUUGCCCCCGGAUUUCUGCUGUUUAAACAAGAAGCCUUGAAAUAUUGCCUCUUGCCCCCAGAGGCGAAUUCAUCGCCAGACGAGAGCCGAUGGACUCGACCUUAUUUCCAACAGUAUCUUUAAACUGGGAAGCAUCUACGUGGUGCGGUCAUUAAAAACCACAUGAGCCUGAUUAGCUAACACUCAUCAUUUGAAACACUCCACUUAUGAAAGU